CCAGGCUUUGGAGCAGUGGUGCCGGUUCCAGUGUGCCGGCUACCGGGACGUGAACAUCACCAACAUGACCACGUCGUUCCGCAGCGGACUGGCCUUCUGCGCCCUCAUCCACAAGCACAGACCCGACCUCAUGUGUGAAUGAGAGUGCGAAUUGGCUGGCAACCACUUCAGGGUGUACCCCGCCUCCUGCCCGAUGAUAGCUGGGAUGAGCUCCAGCACUCCCGCGACCCUUGUGAGGAUAAGCGGCUCAAAGAAUGGAUGGUUGGAUGCUCUUCAGAGCCCCUAGUGGUCACACGGCCUUUGGGCAAGUGCUUCGUUCGCCUCAGAUCCUGCUUAUUACAAUUAAAACAAGUUCUAAAAAGUUGUAUUGUGAGUAGAAAAGAUGCUUCUAUGUGUGCAUGUGUUUUUUGUUUUGUGUGUGUGUGUACAGAGAUUACGACUCUCUCCGCAUGGAGGACGUGUUUGACAACAACAAGCUGGUGAGACCGCAUCUCGUUCGGCCCUUUAUAACCUUUGACGCGUGAUGUCACGCCUCCAUCAAUGUGCACUCGCUAGAUAAGGGCAGCUUGGGGGGGGGGAAAGCUCACUAUCAGGGGCCAUUUAAAAGGGUAAUUCUUUAUUACUCUUUGUUAAUAAUCCUUAGUUAAUUGCCUCAAUAUGCUCCCCAAGAGUUAUACAUACAAAACUCAACCAGUAGAGCCCCCUGGAAAGCUAUUAGAAAAAUAAAUAAAAAUCAGCCCCUAACACCAGUUUCACCGAUCGACAUAAAACUGAGUGGACGUCUAUCGUAGCAGGACGCACAAAAAAGUCUCAAGGACCCAUGCUCAAACUUGAACGCAAUGUCGUUUUGGUUUGAAGCAGCCAUUUUGCUGUGAAUUCCGGGGCGAGAAUUCGCCCAGAUGAAUCCCAAUCGGAGGCAUGUAUCCUCAACAGAUGGGUGAUACGAAAUUGCACUCCGUUUGCCAAAUGGUGGCAGACAGUCACAAGACAACACACAAUCUCAACGGCCCACAAAGGAGCAAAGUUCUCAAAGUGACUCAUUUGCCGGAAACAUGGAAGAAAUCUAUACUGUACUUUACAGAUUGUCUCCAGUUCUCCCUCGAGACGAGUGAGGACAAAUAAGGUACAAAAUUGACGAUUGGAGUACUAAAAAGAACAGCUUUGUCAUUCGCCGUCAUCUGUGUCUACCUAAAUUUAAAGAACUCCACUUGGAAGUUGAGUCUCGUUCUGCGCUUGCAAAAUGUAAUGAUCGGUGGAAAUGAAACCAGCAGGUCAAAAACAGCACGUGAAUGCAAAUUGCAUUUAAAUUUGCCUUUAGAUUAUGUUUGUUUUUCAUGUCUGCUCAAUUACUUUUGUCUAUUUUAGUAAACGUCUACUUGACCUCGCCGGUUCUGUUAACCUGCAAAGUCCCAUAGCUGGGACUCUUCCGUGAUCGUAGUCAUUUUCUAUUUUUUUGCACCUCGCCGGCGUGUCACUGUGUGUUGUUGUCUGAAUGACGACCUGGCGGAAGUGGGCUUCCUGCGACACAGCUGAAGUUCUGAGGCCAUUUCCACUACUCCCGACGAGGCUCCUCGUCAAGGAAACACCAGUUUGGCUUUUCAGGUGGCGGAGGAGGAGUUGGAAAUCCCGGCUCUGUUGGACGCCGAGGACAUGGUGGCCUUAAGGAUCCCCGACAGACUCAGCAUUCUCACCUACGUGUCUCAGUACUACAACUACUUUAAAGCACGACCGCCCAUAGGAGUGAAGCGGCCGGCGGAGGGUUCCCAGUGGGCGCCGUCAGAGAAGAAGAAUGUCCCAGUGGCUGCCAAAGCCAAGACCGUCAUCAAGAAUCAGGCUCCUCCCACCCUCGCCGGCGGGACUUCUCCCAAGCUGGCAAAAGCUUCGGCUCAGAAGCCAAUCCCCAACAAAACUGGAACGCUUAACAGCAAAUGUGUGGCUUGCAAGAGUCACGUUCAUCUGGUCCAAAGACACUUUGUGGAGGGCAAACUCUUUCACCGAAGCUGUUUCAUAUGCUGCGAGUGUUCCGUCACGCUCCACGCGGGAGGCUACAAGCCGGGGAAGGAUCCGGACACUUUUGUCUGCCGCGUACACCCCGAGAAGAUUUCCAAACCCUCCCGUGAGGGUCGGAUCAUGCCCGCAUCUGGCUUGUUGCAUAGCGCCAUCCACAUCCAGCCUGCGCCUUCCUCCGAGCCCGUCCGUCCUGUCAACCCUACUCAAUGCUGGACCGCCUCGGCGCAGAAGACUCAAGCAGCCCGGCAGAACUUUUUCCAAGCAGUGCCGCCGCCUUCUCCUCCGUGGAGGAAGUCCACAGAGCCCUCGGGAAGGCCGGCGUUCCCGCAAUGGCCGCACAUCCAUGAAGGAAAAGCUGGAAAGAAAUUGGCAGAGGAAAACUGCAACAAUAACAACAAACGUCUGUUUACCAUUCGCUCGGCAGAGAGACGUUUUGGAGGAGAGUCCGCUCCAGCUGAAAACUCCACUGCGUCAAAAAUAAAGUGCAGCAAAAGUCCAGCAAGGAACUUUCGCACCAGUGAAGAAUUCGCACGUCCCGAGGCGAUCAAAUAUAGCGACACAAGGCCGACGACUACCACAGAUCAAUCUUAUGAGAAGCAAUCAAAACCUAAAUCUGUGGAAAGCAAAGCAGAGCCGCCAAGAAAAGACGCGGCAUCCUCCAGCAAACAACAUCGGUAUGACUUCUCGUCUACUUCUUUCUCCAACGUUUCCACCACUCCGACGAGGCCUCCCCCAACUUCAGUGACCGUACUGCCUCCUCAUCCUGUCACAUUUUCACCAGCUGGCCAAGGGCAUCUGGCCGAUCCUCCCAGGAGGUGCUCGCCUGUCAAAUCCCCUGCAAGAUGGCCAGCUAUGGAGGCCAUUAGCUCACCAACCUCCGCGGUGGAAAUCCCGUCAGGCGCUAAAAAAGGAAAGUAUUUGUCACCCACCAACGCCCCCAGCGCUGAAAUGAGGUCACCCUCCCGCACGUCUUAUCACAUCCAGACGGAGCGUAUUGAGCGCGAGCUGGGCGACAUCGAGAGCAACCUGGCGCUGCUGGAGAGAGAAGGUGUGGAGCUGGAGAGGAAGCUUCGCCGCUGUGAGGAAGAGGGCGAGGGCGACCUGCUGAUGGACCCGCUGAUGGUCGACUGGUUCAAGCUCAUCCGAAAGAAGCAAAUGUUCAUCAGGAAGGAGUCUGAACUUGUCUACACAGCGAGGACUCAGGAGCUGGAGCGGGAGCAGCCACGUGUCGAGCAGGAACUCCGCAGGCUGCUGGAGAAGCCCGAUCGCGCCAAGUCGGCCGAGGAGCGAGCGCGUGAGAAAAUGCUGAUGCGUAAUCUAAUGGAGAUCGUGGACGGCAGGAACGCCAUCGUGGAGGUCCUGGAUGACGACCGCCUCAGGGAAUUGGCGGAAGAUGAAGAGCUGAACACGAUGAUGAAAAAUUUGGGAGUAAAGAAAGGCAAACCUAAAAGGAAGUCCUCCCUCUCAAAACUGUUCGGUCGAAGAAGCAAGCGACGAGUGGAAUAAAAUUGUAAUUGUUAGACAAAAGAUUGCAACUUUGAAACAUGUUGCGGUGGUCGUGUGCAUAAAGCAGGGUACCCUCAUACCGAUUUUAAACAUCUUAACCGAAUUUGUAAACACAGAGUUUGGUUAAGAUUUAUGAUCGUAAAUACUGAAUAGGUUUAACAUUUACGAUUGUCAACUCGACUGUUUUCCAUGCAAACUGGGGAGGAAGAAUCAUUCUUAACACACCCCACACUAAAGGAUAAUCUCUCAGGAUAAUCAUUUGAUAAUCUGCCUUUUCGGCCUUUGAUCGAAAGGGUAGAAAAAAAUACUCAAAUUAGGCCUGAUUGUCGGUGUGUGUGAACCCUACUUUUGCAGGAUUACCGCUAAAGUGCAACACAAACACUUGUGUAAAAUAUUUGGCUUUGUUUUAGGUCUGGACUUCCUGGGUGAUCUUGUCUUUUUAUUCUUUUUGACUGCGGUGUAAAAGAUGUCCAAUUUUGGAAGACAAAUUGUUGUUGUUUGUUAUUCACACGUUGUCUUUAGCUUGCUGUCACUUAAUCAUAUGACCUGCACGUCACAUUUCCCAAUGUCACACACAAACAGACACUCAGCUACCUACCAUCUUAUAUUUAUUCUUUAAAUUAUACCUUUCGAUGAUA